GGUAGCCGCACCGACACUUCUGCGCGAGUUUCUGCACUUUGCACUGAGACGGGGCAACCAGCGAUGAAACACAGCGCUUCAUGAAGGACCUGGCCGAGUGAGCUCGAGCUCCUGACACACGCAGAGACUCGCACAUUGACCAAUACACGAGUUGCAUUGUGGUGUGGUCUGGUGUGGUGUGGUGGUAUCUGUGGUGGCAGGUUGGAGUUAGGCGUGUACCGCGAAGUCUUGCAGAGCCACAAGGUGGGUGAGUGAGGUGCUCCAAGUGCAACCCAUUAUAGCCAAAGGCGAGUGGAUGUGUCUCAGGCGGGUGACGAGUACCACAACUGUCUGUCCUUCUCUGAGGAGGCGAGGGAGAAACUCGAUGCGCUGCAGGAGAACAUCUACGGUGUCGGCCAGACCGCCACGGCCGCACAAGUGCAGCUGGCAGCCAAGGACAACACUAUAUGUGAGUAACCCACUGUCUGGCGUGCAUGUGAUGUCCGGUGCUGUUUGUGUAUAUUCAGCGGCCCUUGGGCAGGAGGCGAACAAAGGAGGUGACAAGCGGGUGCUCGUAAGGAGGGCGCAGCCACCCGCCCUUCAUCAGCAAGAGCAGAUGGGAGACCCUGCCUUGAUUUUUUAUGCGAGCUCCUGCCGAGACAUGGAUGGACUGCAAUGGAUGACUUGAAUAAGUAAAUGGAUGGCGUUGACAGCUUGGCCUUCUGUGUGCAUGGAUGCGGUGCAAUCACAGUGUGGAGUGGACG